AUGGCAGACUACGGCAAACAGACGGUCGCGCAAUUACGGCAGCUUCUGAAGGAUCGCGGGAUUCCGAGUACGGGGUUGACGCGGAAGGCGCAGAUUGUGGAGAAAUUGGAGGAGAAGGAUGCGGAGGGAGAGGACGUGCAGGAUGCGCCGGAGCCAGUCGCGCAAGGAGAAGAAGACGACGCACAAGAUGUAGACGAAGAGCCAGAUGCGCCUGCGCCUGCGCUGGAAGAAGCUGGCGGUGUGUCCAUGUCAAAUGACACAAGCAGGCGCAAGGCUGACGCAACGGCAGACCCUCCGGCGCAACCAGAUCAGAGCGAUCCACCAUCAGUACCGACCGCGACGUUAGACGGGAACCGCGAAAAUGUCUCACACAUUGAUAGCGACGUACCCCCACCAGACCAGAUCAAAGCGACUGAGCAAUCGGCGGAAGACACAACGGCAGACAACGAGCCAGGUUCGAUACAGCCUGCGGAGGUGUUUAAUGCUGCGCCUGCAGAUCCUGAGGACGUUGUUGAGCCACAUGUUACCGAACCUGCCGAUCCUGAGGUGGAUGGCGACGAGAAGGAGGAACUUGCGGAAGACGAGCUUCCAGAUGCGCCAGGACCAGCUGCGGAAGCUCUGCGAUUGAAGCAGCAUGACCGGGAGACAACAAUGGAAGAUUCCUCAGCAACACCUGUGGCCAACGAAGAGCCGUCAGUCGAAAAGGCGGACUUACUCCCCAUACCCGAGCGAUCGACAGCGGAAACAUCAAGGCUGCCCACUGGAGGAGUUGGAGGCCGACUCGAAGAAGCGCAAGAGACGGAGUGGCUCGAAAUCAAAGCGAAGAAGCCGCGACCGAGUCAGGAGCCUGCACCGGAAGCGCGCCUCAAGGAAGAUGGGGAUGUGGUCAUGGAGCAGAGGCGACCAGAAGAUGCGACCCCCACACAGGAGCUCUCAGAAGUCGAGAAUAGACCAAUGAAGAAGGAAAAGGCAGAUCGCUACAAAACUCUCGUCAACCCAGCUACCGACGACACCACACCAGACGCUCUCCAAGACGACAGGCCAGUCGCGCCCGCCCUGCACCCCGCCACACCAGCCCUCUACAUCCGCAAUUUCAUGCGUCCACUGCGCCCCGAACCGCUCCGCGCGCACCUCGUCACGCUCGCCUCCCCGCCGUCCUCCUCACCCGACGCCUCCAUCAUCAAAUCCCUCUUCCUCGACGCUCUUAAGACCCACGCACUCGUUCUCUUCACCUCCACAGCCGCCGCAUCGCGCGUCCGAGCCUCACUCCACGGCUCCAUCUGGCCGCCCGAGGGGAACAGGAAGGAGCUGUGGGUAGACUUUGUGCCCGAGGAGAGUGUAGAAGACUGGAUAACACAAGAAGAAGACGCCCUCGCCGCCGAAAAAGAAGCGCGAGCAUCCGGCCGACCGAUCCCCGCGAAGCGCUUCGAGGUCGGAUACCCCGGCGACGACAAAGCAGUGUUUCAAGAAGUCGGCACAGGAAACACAGCGCCUGUAGAUGCGCCCACGGGCCCGAGAGCAAGCAUAUCCCAGCCCACCCCUUCCGCCGCAGAUAUCUCCGCCUCCUUCACCACCCUCGACAAACUCUUUCACAGCACGUCCUCUGUCAAACCGAACCUCUACUUCCUCCCCGUGCCUGAAGAUGUUUCAGAACAGCGCCUUGCAGAAUUCGCGAAGGAGACGAGUCGCGAUUGGCAGCCCGGCGAGCUCAGGAAGGGACGCGGAUUGAAGACGGAGAUGAAGUAUAAAUACAGCUUUGAUAAUGAGGGGAGGCUGGUUGAGGUGGGUGAAGAUCGGGGGCCGUGGGCGGAGGAUUUGAGAGAUAGAGGAGUCAGGGGAAGGGGCGGUUUUAAGGGGGAUUGGUGA